GAUUCCAUCAAAACAAAAAAAUCCUUCGACGCGGACGGACGUGCGUCCGCUUGUUCGCUCUCCCUGUGCAAUUUCCCAUUCAACACAGUGCAGUGUUCUGUGUGGCGCUCGCAGCCGGCAGCCCGUUAAGCAGCCUCCAGCCAAGGGGCCCUUGGUGCGAGACUGUUUUUUAAUUAAACAAUCGCACAAAAGAAGGUGUGUGUUUGUGUUUAGGAGAGAAAAAUUAUCAAAAGUGGAUUAAGUUUUGAUUUUAUGCAAAAAUCGACAGCAACUAAAUCAUCCAUCCAGUGCGCGUCGCAUCGGCAGUGUGUUGUGCCCGUGAGUGAGCGGUAGAGCAUCAAUCAAAACCACCCCUCUCCCGUUGGUGGGGCUGGUGCUGGUGUGUUUUGGGGGUGCCCCAUUCUCCUUCUUCUCCUCCGCCGAUGGUGCUGAAGUAAAAGCUAAACGGGAGUAAAUUAUCCAAAUUGAAUGGGGGCUGCCCGCGCGGCUGCUGCUGCUGCUCGAAACGACGAAUUUUCGUUGCGGGAACAUCGUUGCUCUGGCUGGUGUGAAUCAAAUUAACGCCCUUCCCGGGGCCCCGGUGUGCUUUGAUGUGUUUGUGUGCUGCAUGCGUACGUGUUUGAUGUGAUAGAAUAUUCAGGAAGUUUAGAAGAAAAUAUUCCAUUCCUGUGGUGCACCCAAAAAAAUACCCAAACGCAAGACAACAGCUUCUGGGGCGUGCGUUCGAUUCUUAUCCAUUAUUUCCAUUUUGGAGUUCGAAGUUGAAGUGUCUGUGGCCAGCAGAAGCAAGCAAGAAGUAUCUGUGGAUAUGUUCGUGUAACUCUGUGUGUGUGUGUUGCGUGUGCGGGUGUUGUGCAGAAUCAAAAAUCAAGCUUUUAGGUCAACAUUUUCAUCAACAUCAACUACACCACGAUUGAGUCAUUAAUAAACCCGCAAGACAAAUUCGAGAUUCACGCACGGAUAACGCACACUGUUGAAGGAACGUGACACCGGAGAGAGAGACAGAUACGAUCAACAUCGAUCACACGAUCGCAUCACUCACAGCGAAGCAAAGCAGUCCGGAAAUAAAGGGAUAAAAGCGUCCUGCACUUCCUAUCGACCGUUUCGGCUCGGAAGAUAACGCUCGUCAACUAACGUUGCGCCGCGACGCUCAAGGACCCGAGUACAUCCAAACAAAUUAAACACCGUCCGACGCAUACAACACAACACAUCAAGCAAGCGCACCAGGCGGGGCGGCAGCGGUUCGAGCGUGUUCGCAAAGGGUCAGACUAAUUUUUAUUGAACCGGCCGGCGAAGGGAUAGCUGCUGCUGCUGCGCACGAUCGCUGUACAAACACUGGAAGGGGGAAAACAGUCUUAAGGCUCAAAUAAACGGCCGAUACACGUCUGCUCGAAGCGCUUGCGCAAAUAAGAGUCGUUGCACAACCCAGCAGCAAACGACGACAUUGGGUCGCAAAGCUGAGCAAAGUAAUCGUUCGUGUUUGGUGGAGCCUUGGAUCUUUGGAUCACAUCCUCAGCAGUUCAGCAGGAUCAACUUCAGAAGGAUGCAUCAAACACCAACCUCUCUGGUGUAGCAUGCCUGGAGAGCUCACGAAAGCUUCUGACUAUUGCGCACGGUGCGUGCGACUCCGAUGGCAGCACUUCUUCCGCAACGGCAACGCAGCAACGAUGGCAACGAUGGUCACGGCAAUGGACGCAGCACCCUUCCAGCAAUGAGGCGCAAACAACUGUACCACGGCGUCAGUAGUAGCAAUAACAUCGGCAGUAAACGAAACCGCAAGCGGAGCGGCAACUUCUACCACGACGAGCGCACGGACAAAGGCAAUGGCCACCGGGAGCCACAUCUUACUACACGAACUGUUGUUGUACGUUGUCGUCAGGCACAGCUGACCGGAAGCGAUCACGUAGGAGCAGGCGUAGCACAGAGCUACUAGUGUGCAGGAAGAGCUCUGCACAUCAUUCUGUCCUUCCUCAUUCCCCGAAGGGUGUUUUAUGUGUGAUACAAAAAGGAAUUGUAAUACGACGAUCAACCACAGAGUGCAAAACAAAGAGAGAGAGAGAGAGAAAGAGAGAGCAAACACAACAAGAACGAGCGAGAAAGGCGGCGUUUAAAGAAUGACACAACCGAGCUACUAUGUCAGCAAAUAUGCCGGUGAAUUCUGCAAGCUGGUGGUGGAGGGCGACUUCAGCAAGAUCAAGUCCAAGUUUAAGGAGUUUGUGCUGGACUACCAGACGCCGGAAGACCUGAACACCCCGCUGCACCUGUCCAUCAUUGCGCAGCAGAAUCGCAAUGAGAUCAUCCAGUUCCUGGUCGAGUCCGGGGCGGACUGCGACCUGCGCAACUCGAUGAACCUGACCGCGUCCGAGCUGGCCAUCAACCUUAACUUCAUGGACGUGACCAAGUUCAUGCUGGCGGUCGAGUUUCGUAACCUGACCGACUACCGGUGCUUCUACCGGCUGAUCAGGCGCGGCUCCGUGCCGCUGCUGCAGCUCUUUCUCGAGCUGAAAUCGUUCGACAUCCACCAGCAGAUCGCGUACGUGUCGAGCGUGUGGCACGAGCUGUACGUGAAGAAUGUGCCGCUGACGAAGAGCAUGGAGAACUUCCUCGAGUACCAGCUGCAGAACUACAGCUACGCGUACCAUCAUCCGCCGGCGCAGCCGCGCCCCGACCGGCCCAAGUUCGACCGGGAGCUCGAGCAGCGGAUCGAGCUGAUCGUGGAGUACACGCGCUACCUGACCAAGCACUACGGCGGCACGGACAACCUGAACGACUACGACGACAAGUUCCUGCUCGCGAUCAAGAUCGUGUACGACAAUCUGUUCUUCGUGCGGGAAAAGCGCGAGCUGGUCGGGUCGGUGCCGGUGGAGGAGAUCUGCCGGCUGCUGGCCGUGUUUUUGGCGAUCUUCAAGAAGGCGCCGCACUACGAGGUGUACAAGCUGCUGCUGAACAAGCGCACCGUGCUGCAGUAUCUCGGUGCGGUCAGCGACGAGCUGGAGCGGAUCAAGGCCGAGCUGGCGGAGAACCGGGGCCGCGAGUCGACGCGCUGGUCGAACGAGCUGCUGCUGUAUCUGCUCUGCUGCAUACGCGACGCGGCGCCGGCCAAAUCGACCAAGGCCAUCAAUGGGCUGUGGCGCAAGAAGUGCGUGCUGAAGAAGAAGCUCAUCUACUACGUGAAGGGCCGGCUGCGGGCGAACCCGGAGCUGGCCGCCAUCCAGGCGCGGUACGUGAACAAUCUCACCAAGCCGGAGCUGGAGGUGCUGCGGCAGGAGCUGCGGGCGCCCGAGUUUGUGGAGCUGACGCGCGCGACCGGCCGCCGGAACCGGGUCACCUUCUGCCGGCUGCGCAAAACGUACGACCACGUGGCGCAGCUGUACGCGAUCAAGAAGAUACUGCGCUACCUGGACGGGAUAGCGCGGAUUCAGCUGCCCCAGUACCAGGUGUCGGGCGUGCUGGCGAUCAAGCGCACGCUGCAGGUCAUUGCGGAAACGGUGGCCAGCACGCGGUAUGCGCCGGCGAUCGCCCGCAAGCUGGACAGCGUGGUGCACAAGAUACUGCCGCUCAAUCUGGACGUGGACGUGCGGGACUUUUACCAGCCGAACGUGUCGCUGUACAAGGCGUGCUCGGACAGGGCGGAGAACGGCCGGCUGGUGCUGCCGUUCGCGGAGGUGCAGUGCAGUCUGAAGUCGGUGCGGCGCUACUUCGCGUACGUGCACGAUCUGAAGAUGCUCGAGGCGUACAAGUGCUAUCUGGGGAACGUGCAUCAGCUGAAGAACUGGCGGCAGGUGGCAAGCUACAAUCAGUUCGUGGGCGACGCGAACCGGAUGUACUUCGAGAACCACACGCUGGACGAUCUGCACUUCGAGCUGGAGGACUGCAUACGCGUGGUGGAGGAGCUGCAGGAAACGUUCAGCCAGCAGCAGGACGAGAAGCUGAGCGAUCUGCUGCGCUGCGUUUACCGUCCGCUGGCGCAGCGGUACGAGACACUCACGAAGGGGGACGGUGAACGAGCGGCGCUCGCCUCGAUCAGCGCCAACUUCAACACCGUGAUGCAGCUGUGCGGGACGGAGAUCGAGAUGGCGAAGGUGCGCCGUAUCGUGGGGUCCUUUUUGGCCGAAAGCUACCCCAAGUACGACAUCUGCAGCGACGAGCAGCUGCUGCUGCUGAAUCCGCUCAUGCAGGAGCUGCUGCACCUGUUCACCAACUAUCUGUACCAGUACCAGAUGGACGAGCGCGUCACGAAGAACUUCGUCACGAUGGUGGAGGUGCUGCACGUCGGGCGGUACAUUGCCGUGGAUCACUUUGUGCCGGAGCGCACGAAACCGUGCGACAGCCUGCUGCACCAGAACUACACGAACGACAUACUGAAGAAGUUUAACCUGCAGAACCUGAGCUCGAUCGAGUUUGCGGUGCUGCACGAGCAGCUGUCCCAGAGCUACUACGACAACUGCUACAACCUGGACAAGAAGUACGCGGUGCUGACGAUGUUCUUCAAGUCCACUAACCGCCCGGUGAACGAUGCGAUCGUGAAGCGCAACAAGCGCAUGGACCGGGAAGAGUACCAGUCGUUUCUGGACGCGAAGCUGAAGCUGAUUGGGCAGUUUUUGCCGUGCAGCGAUUUCAACGAGGUGACGCAGUUCAUCAACGAGGCGGCCCCGCACGUGGAGUACGCGCUGGAGCACUGUCUGCUCGAGCUGUGCGAGAUACUGACCGAUCUGGGCGUGUUCCAGGACAAUCAGUACGUGCUGAAGCUGCAGUCGGCGAACGUGAGCGGGCGCAACCUGCACGACUACCUGCGGCAGGAUGCGCUCGAGUACGAUAUGCUGACGCUGACGCACAGCACCAAGGUGAAGGUGUUCCUGAACGGGCUGAUCUUCAAGAGCAACGAGUUUAAGCUGUACCAGCCGCCGACCAGCCAGCGGGCCAACCCGGACGAGCUGCUGGCGAUCAACGAGAAUCUGAUCAACAACUACAAGAUGCGCUGGAGCUGGGUGGAGCAGCAGGAGCGCUUGUUCAAGUCGGUGGAGACGAUCGAUCUGAAGCUGCUGCAGGCACUGACGCCCGACUAUGCGGACAUUCGCGGGAUGCGGCUGGGCGUGCUGUGCGACGGCACACCGUCGACGGAGUACGAGAUCAUCGACCAUACGAUACGCAACAAUCUGAAGCAGAUGGUGGACUACCUGUCGGAGGAGCUGCAGGCAAUCUCGUACGAGAAGAAGCAGUUCUUCCAGUACGUGCUGGUGCGCAGCUCGAACUCGCUGUUCAUCGAUGCGCACUUCAGCCUGACCACGGUGCAGGAGCGCCAGGCGACGAUCCUGUUUAUGGCGCUUUACUUCCGCGCGUACGACGUGUUUCUCGAGUGCGUGAAGCGGUUCGAGCUGACGGUGAACCUGGGCAAGAUCGUCAAGUAUCUGAACCUGGAGUUUAUCGAGAAGAUUGCGAAGCAGAUGAAGGACAUCAACUGGAACUGUCAGGAUGGCAACGGGACGACCGUGCUGGAUCAGUGCGUGCAGAAGGGCGAUCUGGCGGCGAUCAAGAAGCUGAUCAAGCUGGGCGUUGACAUCGCGUCGCAGACGUCGGAUGGUACUUCGGCGCUGCACCGUGCCUGUAGCUUGGGCCACACGGACAUUGCCAAGCUGCUGGUGAAGCAGCAGGUCCCGCUUACUUCGCUCAGUGGCACCGACCGCUUGCCGCUGCACUACGCCAUACAGUAUCAGGAGAACGAGCUGCUGCCGGUGCUCUGUUGCGACGACAUCGACAUCAACUCGGACCGGCACCGGCUGGUGAGGCGAGCGAUCGAGUACGGCAAUCUGGAGGCGCUGAAAUACCUCGUCGACACGCGGCAGGCAACGCUGACGUUCGUCGAUCAGCAGCAGAACACGGUCCUGCAUCUCUGUGCCACGUACGGGCGGUUGGCAAUGUUGCGCUACCUGCUGGACGACCAUUCCGCCACGAUUGACGGCGAGGAGAGUCUGCUGAAUCGACGCAAUGGCGCUUCCAAAACCGUGCUACACAUUGCCGUUCAGCAACGGCACACCGCAAUGGUGGCGCUGCUGCUGGAGCGUGGUGUCGACGCGAGUCCCGCCGACGAUACGGGCCGGACGGCGUACGAAUGGGCCGUCCAGGGGAACAGCCUGCGCAUUGCGAAGGUGUUUGCGAAGCAUCAGCGAACGCUCCGGUCGUCCGGUGCGAUCGCCUCCCAUCCGCUCACGAUCGCGAUCGAGCAGCGCAACGUGCGGAUGUUGAAGUUUCUGCUGCGCAACGGUUGCAGCUUCACCAGCGAAUCGCUCUGCCUGAUCAAGGCCGUCUACACGCGCUCGCUCGAGCUGGUACGCUACAUCGUGGAGCUGUGCAAGCCGGCCCUGCAGUAUCGCGACCCGUACGACAGCACACCGCUGCACGUGGCGAUCGCGAUCGAGUGUAACGAAAUUGCGGCGUACCUGAUCGAGUCCGGCGCGGACAUCAAUGCGAUCAGCAAGUUUGGCGACACGCCGCUGCACGUGGCCGCCCGGCACGGCAACAUUGUGGCGGCCCGGAUGCUCAUCCUGAAGUAUGCCGCCGUGGACGAGCGGAACGCUUCCGGGCUGACCGCGCUCAUGCAGGCGAUGUACUCGCGCCAGCUCGACAUUAUGAAGCUGCUGAUCGGGGCGGGCGCCAACAUCGAUCUGCUGAAGCUCCAUCUGGCGGAGAUCGAGCAGCUGGCGAAGCUGCCCACCAUCCACAUGUUUGUCGAUCAUUACGGGCUGCUCGAGUUCAUGAUCCUGCAGCUGCAGUACGAUCCGAACGUGCGCGACGGCCGCAACCAGCAGAGCCUGCUGCACAAGGCGUGCUACGCGAACAAUCUGCAGAUCGUGCAGUUUCUAGUCGACUGGUGCCGGCUGCAGACGGAGCAGCAGGACGCGAACGGCCGCACGCCGCUGGCGAUCGCGAACGAGUGCAAGAACUACGAGGUGGCCGAGUUUCUGCGCAGCAAGAAGAGGAAAAAGUCGCAGAUCGCACCGCAGCGCUACUUCGAUCCGGCGGGUAUGAUGUAAGUGCGAGGAGCCAGAGAUAGCAGCAGCACCACCGCCAAUCCAGUGUCGUUGCGAUCCAGUGACCUUUAGUAGAAUGGAAAUGUGUUCCCGUCGCUUUGCAGACGUGCGCUGCUCGGUGUUGCGCGAUUGAAGCCCCACAAAAAAGGGACUUCUUAAUAAUGCAAUGGAUAUUGUCGGUGUUUGGAGCUGUAUCUUCGAUUGGAAGAGAGCGGUGGUGAUCCUCUGUCGAUUAGCACUGUGUGCUGCACAGCAGAGGACUCGAGCGCACCGAGCGUGUUGUAGCGCUGCAAACCGAUGGCCAUCCACAUUUCUGAUAUGCUCCAGUGAAAAUGGUUUCCCUAUUUUCCUAUUUUUUUUUGUUGGAAGGCUUCCCACAAACAAAAAGUUCCUCGCGUCCCAAAUUUGUCUGCGUUUAGUCGGCUCGCGGUAUGAAGAACACGAUCAUUGGGCGGGUUCAUUUCGAUCGAAUGGUUCGAAGAAGAACAGUAUGCGUAGCAUUUUUUUUAGAUGGAAUAUUUUAUACUUCUUAUCAUUCUUGUCGUGUAGUACCUCACCCGUAGGGGCAGGGUUUCCCGUCUCAUAUUCUGGUCAGACUUUCGCAAUCGAAUUUUGGGACGCAACUAAACUCAGAAGCCAACCCACUUUGCUCUAGCUAAGCUUGACUCGUAUAUCCUUGUUUUUAAUGAAAGUUUUCUUUCAAUCUCAACAAAACCCCUAAUAAGACUUUUGGUCCCCCACCCCUGUAUUUGCUGUUCUAGUCAGUGAGCUACUGUUGUUUUUUUGGAUCUACAUCCGACGAUGGAUCGGGGAAAAAAAUCAAAAGAAAACACAGAAUUGGAUCAUAGAAGCACAAACAGAGGAAGCAAUAAUUUUGAUAAAACACUAAAAUUAAGCUUCGAUUUGUUUGGUGAAUUUUAAACCACUACUUUUCCCUUUCCUUUUUUCCCUAAACGACACUGAUGGUGCAGGGUGCCUGCUAUUUUUAAAGUAACAAUGCAACAUUGUAAGAAGUUUACAGCAUGGUCAGCUAAAGCUCAAAAGGGAGUAGAAUAUUCGGUCGCGAAAGCCAAACGAACGCAAACAAAAAUAAUCAAUGAACAAAGGAUUUCCUUCGUGAUUUUAGAUGCAAAAAGGAAAGUGUGUGUGAUUUUAGCCGUUUACUACUACUAACAACAAGAACAACAAAUACUACAUUCCUACUACCGAUUGGGGGACAACGUGAUGAGAUCGACAUGAAAUGCGUAUUUUAAAGAAGAAGAAGAAGAAGAAGAAGAAGAAGAAGAAGAAGAAGAAGAAGAAGAAGAAGAAGAAGAAGGGAAAAGGGGACCGCACGUGUACAGACAAAGCCGGGGUCGCCCACAACAAUCUAUGCGUGUAUUGUAUUCGGAGGAUAAAAGCUAGCCUAAACGACCAUAUGGUAUUGUAUGCGUGUGUUUAAGUAAACUGGAUGUACUACUUCCUACCUUACUCUACUCUACUACCCUUUGGUGUCUGAUUAUAACAUAGUGAUUAGUGGUAUUAUGACGUUGAGUGCGGUUUAGGAUGAAUAGGAGCAGCAGGGACAGGAUCCUUUGUUGGAUGAAAAAGAGGGAGGACAUACCGAGUGUAUCGCCAAGACGUAAAAUAGAAGAAGAGCACGCGCAGUAACGAUCAGCCCAGAUCCAACUCUGUGGACAUUUCUAGAAGUAUAAGAUAAAAUCUUUUAUUGUACCUUUCUAAGUAACGAAACCUCGCAUAUUCCUUCACCCGCGUGUGUGCGUGUCUGCUCGCCAAUGGGCAUUGUCUGUUAAAGUGUGAGUAUGCACUGAGCCUGAGCCGGCGGCUGGGGAAACCGGACCCACGCUUAGUAGUAGGGUUUAGUAAGACGUGAAAAGAAACUAAUAACCUCGCAUUUAUUACACGAUUACAAAACUACCAUUAUAAUAUAUACAUAUACACACAUUUUAUACACUCACAGGCAGACUGUAUGAAGCAUUGCUGCAUUCUGCAUUGAGUGACGUAAUAAGGUCCCCUUGAGUCUCCAGCGCAGAAGUAUAAACAUCAACUGAAGGCUCUUAGUACACACUCACACAGCAAACGAACGCCCAUUGCGGUAGACUGCACACGCGGGUAGAAGCAAAUAAAUAACUACUACUACUACUACUAAAACCCUUAGCCAUUAAGAGAGCGGUAAGUGCAGCAAGCAAAAGCAAAACAAGAGAGAAGAACAAAACAAAACAAAAUGCCAGUGCAGAAGAAGGGGAGAAAGUAAAUUAUUUAUUAGGUAGACACUCGUUAUGCAUGCACCAAAUUUAAUAUAAUAUAUUAAAUGGCAGUGCAGCAGAGUAACACCGUCACGCCACGGGUCGCGGCCACAGGCAUUAUUGGAGUAGGAAAAUUUGGAGAGUAGUAGUAGCAAAAGAGGAGAAAUGGGGGGGGAAAACAAAACAGCGCACAAAACUGCAAAUGGAAUGGAAGAAAUUGAGAGAAAGCAGAAAACAAAAACGAUGUGUUUAGUUUGGUUACGGCGCUAUAUGCUAAAAUAAAUGCUACGGAUAAUCCUACUACCCCCUCCCGGUCAUCCUCCGGAACUCCUAUCCAAAGGGGGGCGGAGGUUUCUGGACGGAGUGUGCAAAGGCAACGCUAAACCUCGCAUGGUUUGUGAAACGUAAUAAGAAACAUAUAUAUAAAUAUAUAAUGAGUAGGAAGUUAAGUUAAGGAAUAUAACAACAACAACAAAAACACACAAAACAAAACACUGUGUCCUGUGUGAAAAACUCGCAAAACACGCAAAAGUCGCCAUCCCUCGCAUUAGUAUAUAAGGAAAAACAUGAAGAAGAAGAAGAAGAAGAAGAAGAAGAAGAAGAAGAAAAAACGUACUAAAUAUCUAAAAACACAUAGCGUCAAGUGGUAAAACAGAAAACGAAAAUGUGCAAAAACACCCGAAUAUCAAAACACGAAAUGGUAAAAAACAAAACAACAAGAAAAACAAACCCAAACGAGAUUUAUAUCUGUUCAAUGUCUAAAAUCGUUAGAAUCAAUCAAAGCAGUAAA